AUGCAAUCUCAGCUGGGAAUUCCCAAAUCACCCCAUACUACCAACAGUAUCCUAAGCCUGACGGCCAGAAUCCAACACAAUACAAAUCGACCACACGUAGCAGGCCUACGAAUACCAUUCUUGACGUGUUUCCGAAAAAAUAAUCGUUCGUUAUCAGGUUGGACGUGGAACACCCUAUAUACAAUACAGCAUUUGGAUUAUUCUGAAUGUCUAGAUUUGAUUAUAUGUCCAAAUACAACUGAACUAUGGCAAUUUUACAAGCCGAGUUCUAUCACAGAUCAAACAGAGAUCUACGGUUUAGGAAUAGGCUGCCUGGGCUGUACGGAUGACCAUUUAUCCCGGAGACAUGGUUCAGAUGAACGCCGGGGAUGUAUGACAGAAUUUGCCGAGUGUCGAAUAUCUGUGCACGCAAUCAAACCGUACCAUUUAUUAUAUCUUCUGGCAACGGGGAAAUUGUCUCUCAAUACCAACAGCAUGUUUGUUCGUUUCUUCUGUCCACCAUUUCAGUUUCUCCAGGAGGUUUUUGACGAUACUCACUUCACAAUGGAAGAAGAGAACAACGGGAAUUUAGCGUUUUUGGACGCUCUCCUCACUUGUUUGCCGAAAAAUCCUACAAACUCAGGUCUGCAGAAAGGUGACGCAUACGGACUGAAUUCUGAACUAGCAUCCCACCCUUCUAGGUUUUCAAAAACGAACCUGCAUUUGGACACUUUUCAGAAGAUUGAGACAUACUUCAACACUGUGGAGCCUAAGACUUAA